CUUUCAUGUUUCUCUAAGAAUCCUCAGAAAACUAAGAGAAAAAAGCAUCAAAACUUACUGUUCUUUCUUUCUCCAUAUGUCAAAGCCAGCAACUGUUCUGCUCGAGUUCGAUUCGCUUCUUCCGGUUCGACGCUCUGAAACUUCUUUGAGAUGUUGGUCAGUCUAUGUUUAAUGCCUUUUCCUCUUCUUUCUAAUGCCUUCAAUUGAGUCUACUCAUCCAUCAGCUCCCCUCUCUAUCCGUGCGGUUUUACGAAGCGUCUAAGCACAGUUCACUCGCGUUGAUCAAUCAAGAGCUUUGCCGCCCCUCCUUAUCCUCAAGGUUACCUCUUUUCUUCUUUAUUUUGGUUCAACACUUCUGCUUCAUUUUCCUGGAUUUUUCCUAUGUACAGAGGCAAACAGGUUAAAACUUCCUCACAGAGCCUGAAAUUACUACUAUGAUAUCCAAAACCAUGCAAGAGUUAUGUGUAGGAGUUCUUGGAAAUGGUUCGUGGGAUAUCAGUAAUGUUAGCAUCUGAGUCCGCUUUGCAAUGUACAUGCGAUCUCAAUCAAUAAGAUAUGCCUCAGGACAAGCUAAGAUCAAGAAUUUACAACUCGUUUCUAACUUGUAAUGAUCCAAAAGGUAUAGUUGAUAAGAACACUGCCAGGAGAAGGAAAGUUGCUUCAUCAAAAAUGGAGAAGCCGAUCAAAAGUCGGACAGCUAGGAAGAAUUUUUACGAAUUUUCGGACUGUAAGUUACAAAGACAGCAAACAACCAUCAAAGAAGUAGGAGAUGAGUUCAGUAGUUCAUCCUCAUCUCAACUCAUGGAAGUGUCGAGAGGAACUCAGAAGCUGAAUCGGACAAUUGAUCGGUGGUCUAACGAGACGAAAUGUGAUGGACAGUCUGACCAAAUUGCAAGAGAUUUAUUUGAAGGAGCUCUUGAUUUGCAGCAGUCCUUGGUUAUUCUAGGGAAACUGCAGGAAGCUUCAAGGUAUAUGACUCAGGAGAAGAAAAAUGAACGGAUAGAAAGAAGAAGAACUGGCCGAAAUGACUUUCAAAAACCCCGGCUUUCGGCUGAUUGUUCUUAUGGAGAUGGAGCUGAGGAACUGAAGAAGAUGAUCCGAGAUCGCCUUGCAAGACAGCUCGUCUUUCCAAAUACAACAAACAAGGCUGAAAGAAUCAGUUUUCCUGAAAGUAGUAUGGAAAACUCAUCUUCAGAUCUUGCAUCCACAAGCUCUAGCCAAUCUUCAAUGGUGUACAACACUGCUCCAAACCCAGCUAAGAACGUUAAUACCAAAAAUUUGAUUGCAAAGCUAAUGGGUCUAGAACCUCAAUCAAAGCAAAUGCAUGAAAAUCUACACAAACAGUUUCUUGAUGAGAAAAUUUCAGAUCGCCAGAGGCCUAAGUUUAGCAUGGAGAUGGCUGAGACAAAGAAACUGAAGUCAAAUCUUGACACCCAGCAAUUCAAAGCUACAGCCAUUCAGGAGAAGAGUUAA